GCCGGGAGCUGGCUGGGCCGCGGACCGCGGGGCCGGGUUUGCGGCUAGGGGUCUGGCCGCCCGGUGUGUAGGGGCCAUGCCGCCGGGUCCCCGGGCCUGCUUUGCUCCGCUCCCCGGCCGCCACGCCCCGCGUCCCAGCUGGGAUGGUGAACCUGGCGGCCAUGGUGUGGCGCCGGCUCCUGCGGAAGAGGUGGGUGCUGGCCCUGGUCUUCGGGCUCUCGCUGGUCUACUUCCUCAGCAGCACCCUAAAGCAGGAGGAGAGGGCAGUGAGAGAUCGGAAUCUCCUCCAGGUUCAGGACCACGACCAACCCAUUCCAUGGAAGGUACAGUUCAACUUGGGCAAUAGCAGCCGGCCAAGCAAUCAGUGCCGGAACUCCAUUCAAGGGAAGCACCUCAUCACGGACGACCUGGGGUACGUCUGUGAACGGAAGGAUCUGCUGACCAAUGGCUGCUGUGAUGUCAGCGUCCCCAGCACAAAGCAGUACUGCUGCGAUGGCUGCCUGGCCAACGGCUGCUGCAGCGCCUACGAGCACUGUGUGUCCUGCUGCCUGCAGCCCAACAAGCAACUUCUCCUGGAGCGCUUCCUCAACCGGGCAGCAGUGGCAUUCCAGAACCUCUUCAUGGCAGUGGAAGAUCACUUUGAACUGUGCUUGGCUAAGUGCAGGACCUCUUCCCAGCAGUCCCUCCACUUUGGAGUGAGCAGUGAUUUGUACGGUGACAGAGUUGUGGUUUGUUUUAGGAUUCAAGGGGCCAGGGCAGGUAAGUGUUUGAUACAGGAACACACCAGUCAGUUGUCAGGCUCUCAAUGUGUAUUGGUGUGCUUUGUUCUUUGGCUGUUAAAUAGCGUGAGAAGCACGCUCACCUGUCCAAGAGUCACAGGAACAGCAAAGAGCAAAGCUUUACUUUAAUGAUGGUGUUGCAAGAGCCAGUGCCUGGUGCUCAGGGACCCCCAGGUUGAGUAUAACCGGUGUUUUAUCCCCUCUCCCACCUCCUCAUUGGCGAGUACUCUGGGGUGCACAAUCUUUCCCAAGUCACCUAGGUUUUUCCCGGUCCUAUUGGGUUAUUUAAAGGAUUGUGUCUGUUAGUUGUCCCACCUCUCUGUUCUCUUGUAGUGGGACAUUCCCCUUGGCUGAGUGCCUUUUGGCAAUUUCACAGUUUAUCUCUGUUGGUCAGGGCCAGGUGGGCCCCUUCCUUCUCACCUCCUGUUUGUCAGGGACUGUGAGUUUUGACACUUUGGUGUUAACUGCUUGUAACUUUCCAUCCUGCUCCCCUGGCCAGCUUGCCUUUCCUGCAUCCCAAGUCACUUUACAUUUGAAGCUGAGCAUGUUCUGAAAAUGGACAGCCAGACUUUCUGUUUCUCACCAAUCCCCCCUUUUUCUUUUUCCGUCUUUUGGUCUCGUUUUCAUUUUUGUUCCUGUACCCUUUGGUAUUGUCACCUAUCUUAGUCAUAUUUACUUUUUGAGGUGGAAACCACCAUGGAAAUAGGUUCACCCCUUUUAGUAGUUCAGACAGCUGUCCCAGGCAUCAGGAGCAUUGGUAAAUUCCUUUACAGAUGGGUGGAAACUUGUCUUCUUUCUUGGUCGUGGCUAAAACCAAGUCAUAAGGCUGGAAGUGGAAGUGACAACUUUUGAAUCCUGGAGGAGGAGUCUGAGCAAGGAGUCCCUUUAACUUGAGUGAUGAUUAAGUACAUUAAUUAAUUAAUUAAUACCAGCAUAUAUUUUCUUAGAAAUUGGCCUUUAGUUUCCAUGGUAGAGAAUUCUGUAGCUUUUUCCCAAGUAGGGGCGCUCAUUAAGCAGCUCAUAAUAAAUAUUAGGGCUAGAUAAUCAUACUACUACCACCAACAAACACAGAGUAAGUCACCUGUGUAGGAGGUUAUAAAGACUUGUCCGUCUUAAAUUGACUCAGAACAGACUUAUGACUCAGGUAGAGCUGUGAUAUUCAUCAAGCACUCUUGUGUAAAAACUCUUCCUUUAUAACCUCUCAGUUUUACUUAAUUUUGCAAGGACUGACACAAGUGUACAUCUCUAGUUAACCAUUGUCUUUUCUUAAAAAUGUCGAAGCAUGGUUGUGCUGGCAGGUAUUUAAGACCAGUUGGUCAAAAUUGACCUUGUUCUUAUCUACUUUUAGAAUCAGUUGAAAUUCCAGAGACCAUUCUUGGGAACAUAUGAAAAACCUCUUGGCUUCUUUGGUUUUCCUCUCCCAGUUGUACUAUCUCCCAGGAUGGCUCAGGAUCUUGCUGACCACAGUUGGCUUCCCUUGGUAACAUCAGGGCAUUUCCCUUUCGAAUGACCUUCCUCUUGGCAGAGUGUGCACUAAACGGCUUCCUGUUCUCCAGGGUCCUCUUGAUCCCUCUGAUCGGGAGAACAGGUGAUCUUAGAGGGUUCUCAUCAUUCCUGGGUCUUGCUCAUCUUAGACAGCAAGGGCCAAAAUUUUUAUUGAUUGCCUUUUCCUGGGUCCUUUUACUUUCUUGACUUUGGUGUCCAUAUUUUUGGUUUUAAAAAUUCAUCAGGCCAGUUUCACCAGUCUUCAAGUGGGAGUGGUAGGUUUUAACUUACAUGUCUAUAAUUUUAAUUGGGGUCAGUAUUAAUACUGGAAGUUAGCCUUAUAGCCUGUCUGUCCUGUAGGUAAUGGUUUAUCGUUUCAGAUUAACUCCGGCUGUUCUAAUAGAAGAAGUAGCUCUGCAAAUACCAACAGGCAACAAGCACAAAAGGAAAAUUUAAAAAAAAAUUUUUUUAAAAAGAACAAAAACAUUCAGUAAGCAUAAUAGCUUUGUACCAAUAAAUAUCAUUUCUAUAAUAACACUAAUAUCUUUUGUAUCUAUUUGCCUCCAGAAAGAUCCAUAAAUUUAUCAAAAUCAAUCAUAUAUGAGAUCCUUUACAAUUUUACUUUAAAAUUUUUAAGACGUUGUAUAUCUUUUAUAAUUCACCCAAACCUUUACUUAGUUUUGUAUUAUGUCUCUUGUUUAUUUUGAGAUUAUGGUAAUCUUUACAACAAAAAUAUGUUUUUUGAUCUCAACUAUUUUUUAAUUAUUGAUUCUUUUUAGUUAUAUAUGACAGAAUCCAUUUUGAUGUAAUUAUACAAGCAUGGAGCAUAUCUUGUUCUAAUUCAGAUCCCAGUACCUCUCCUUUCCCUUCCCUCUCCCCACCCCUGCUACCUUUCCUCUUAUUGAUUUCUGUCAUUUACCCACAUUUAUUUUUAAUUAUUAUUAUUAUUUUUUUUUGUGGUGCUGGGGAUUGAACCCAAGGUCUUGUGCAUGUGAGGAAAGCACUCUGACAACUAAGCUAUGUCCCCAUCCCAUGGUUAUGUUUUUUUAAAUGAGUUUUUAAAGCUAGCCUUCUUGGAGUAAUCCUAACAUGAAGUAAGGUGAGAGGCAGAGCCUUCUCUCAGGUGAGGCAGGGUUCUUGACUAAUCUUAGGUAAAGUGUCUUAUUUCUGAAAUUGAUCUUGCCUCUUUCUUAAAUAUAAUUUUACAGAGUUCUCAUAUGUUGUUUCCUGAGUCUAUAUGAGCAUCAGUCAAUGCACUAUAAUGUGACAUCUAAAAUAUGGAUCAAAGCAGAAGCUAAGAGAGCUUUUUCCUUUCUUUUUGAGGGAAAAGUGGUAAACUGCGUCUGUGUUCCACAUUGUCAGCCUUUAAACAAGUUUAGACUCUCCUGAUUAUCUUCCAAAAGUACAUUUAAAUUUCUAUCUUAUUCUAAAAGGUAACAGAAAAUUCUGUGUAUAACUUAUUGAUAAUGGGUUACCCAUAUCCAGUUCCAGAAUACUAAAUGACAUAAAUCUGAAGGAGACUAUUGCUACAGACAAUUUUAGUUUGGAGGACAUAAGCUUGGUAAAGUGCUUUUCUAAGCUAGACUUAAAUCUCUUUUACAUUUAGAAAACACUGUUAAUGAUUAGAAAUAGACUUCACCAAAGCAAACAGAUAUAAGUCAGGUUUUGAAAUGGGAGCGUGACCCUUUUAUAUCAAAUAUAGUGUAUAAAAGAGAACAGUUGUUUAUUUAACCAGUUACAAAGUAAUCAUUUAAAAGACUUUAAAACUGGAACAAAUUCUAAUUCCUUUCAGACUUGCUUUCCUUUAGUAAUAAAACCUAACAGACACAAAUUCUCUUGAUGGAUAAGAACAACUCAAUGUUUUAAACUUUGUUUCAUAUCUGUGCCUUUAAAUUGACCUUAGAAAAGCCUUUAAAUAAUUUUUUCUGACUGGACUACUCAUAGUCAACUUAAUCACAUGCAUAAACUUUUAGAGACUUACCUUCCACAAACCUUUUGCAACUUAGACAUUCUACAGCUUGUUUACAUCCUUAGCUUUGUCCUUGCUUUCACAUAGACUUCUGCACCAAAAUACUACUUUAUCAUACAAAAUACUUCUUGUUCAAAAACAUACAUUUCCAUACCUGUAACUUUUUAUAUCCCUUCUUCCAGUUGUUGACUCUUUCCUAAAUUUACAUUCUGAAAUUAGACAAAUUUAUGAGAUUUCUGAAUUCAGACAAAUUAGUCCUUUUUUAAUAAGAUUAAAUACUUUAUUUACAAUACUUUAAUGAAAACAUAGCUGAAACUUUUUGUAUUCCCAACAUAUAGAAUUACACCUAUUAGAAUCUUAACUCUUAGCAACCUUGCUAGGCCCAGAAGCAAAGCAACUUUAAGACUGUUUUUCCAUUUCCCAACUUAUAAAGACAUUUAACAGACCCAAAUAUAUGUCAACUUCUGGAAUUCAAGAAGUCACCAGCACUUAAAUUUAAACUUAGCAGUCGAUGUUUUUAACUUUGCAAAUUAAUCAGACGUCUCCUCUAACAAACACAUUCAUAAAUGUUGUCCCACUUAGAUUGAAUCUAAUUUACCCAUUUUUAACUUAGGUUACCCAUAAAAAACAAGGUAUCAGACAAGUCCAGUUAACACUUUAAAUCAAUUAUUCCUGCCAAAUAAAAAUCCUUAAAGUAAUGAACAUUGCACUUUAAACAUUUUAUAGAAACUAAUGUUUUCUUGAUUGCCUGGCCAACUAGAAAAACGUCCAGGUUAGUAAUUUCAAAGACCCUUCAUUCUUACCAAUGUAAAUUGACCUAUAGAAGUUAAAGUAGAGCCUGUCACAGAUUUCUUAGUAUGACCCCCGACAUGGAAAGGGCAUGUGCCAUUGGGAACAUGAGGAAUGGACUCUGACAGCCAUGGUGGACGCUGACAUGAGCGGUCCAGCUGGCCACUCGUCCUCUACAGAACAGAUUCACUCCCACCAUCGCCACUGUAUAUUUUCCCUGCCUGGGACUUUUUAAGAAUAUUUUUUUAGUUGUCAGCGGACCUUUAUUUUAUUUAUAUGUAGUGCUAGAGAUCAAACCCAGGGCCUCACACAUGCUAGGCAAGCGCUGUACCACGGAGCCCCAGCCCCAGCCCCCACCCCCGUGCCUGGGACUUUUUAAGGGAGAAGAUUUCUUUCCUUUUCUAGUGAACUUGAGAGUUAACUCAAGUACCUGGCGUCCAUAUAAAAAUAGCACAAAAGAAAGGCAGAGUUGGAAACUCUGUCAGACAGAACAAGACUGGUCAGAACAGAACAGUAAAGAAUGCGGGGUCCAUGAGUGCUUAAAGUUCUUAAAGAAGAUGGGUACAGGUGGGAUCUUUCCACUUGCCUUCCCUUUCCCUGGGCCUAGAGUUUUUAUUCCCCAUUCUUACUAGGUUUCUGUAACCGAGUUUCACCUCGUGGACUCAACCUCCCAGAACCCGUGUGCUCAGCUCCCGUCACUGGGGAUUCCUUGUGCUCCCUGGGCCACACAUGUGCUCAGCCCCCUCAAUGGAGUUUCCUGCAUGAGCUGAGCUCAGUCAGUCUCCAGCCGUCUGGAACCACGAGUGGGGCUCUGCAAAGUGCCCAGGGUGUGUCUCAGUCACACAUAUUCAACCUCCGAAAAUUCCCAACCACUGGAGCAGCACUCCUGGUCCAAUUUCCUGCCUCAGCCAAGGAAACCCAGUGUUGCUCCCGCUGGUGGGCAAUGGGAUAUCUGGGCAGAGCAGGCCACCCAAAGUUGGGUGGGACGCAUCUCCUCCAGGACAAGCUCCCGGGUUGUAAGAGACAUGCUCACCUGUCUAAGAGACACAGGAUCAGCAAAGAGUGAGACUUUAAUGAUGGUCUUGCAAGAUUCAGUGCCCACUCGGUGCUCAGGGACCCCCAGGUUGGGUAGGACCAGUAUUUUAUCCCCUCUCCCAGCUCCUCAUUGGCUGUACUAUCUUCCCCAAGUCACCUAGGUCUCACCCGCUCCUAUUGGGUUAUUUAAAGGAAUGUGUCUUAGUUGUCCCACCUCCCUGUGUUCUCUUGUGGUGAAGUCUCCUGGGCUGAGUGGCUUUUGGCAAUUUCACAGUUUAUCUCUGUUGGUCAGGGCCAGGUGGGCCCCUUCCUUCUCACCUCCUGUUUGUCAGGGGCUGUGAGUUUUGACACUCUGGUGUUGACUGCUUGUAACUUUCCAUCCUGCUCCCCUGGCCAGCUGCCUUUCCUGCAUCCCAAGUCACUUUACAUUUGAAGCUAAGUACUGUUCUGAAAGUGGACCACCGGGAUUGUCUAUUCCUCACACAGAGUGCACCUGUCACCGAGAGGUCUGAAGGCCCUUGGCUCUCCGCACUCUGCCCUCAGCUUUGAAAUCGCCAGGUGUGCCACCAAGAUUUCACUGGCUUCCCUGAGGUAGCAGCUCAUUCACCAUGCUCUGGAACUCUUGUGCCCUUCGCCAGGCUUCUGUGGCCCACCUUUUGAUUUUAUGCCCCUUCUGAUGUCUCUGGUCUGCUCUGAGAGCACGGCAAGUGUUCCAGGGUGGAAGGAGCAUUUGAGAGCAUUAAAAGUUCCUGGUGGCCUUGUUUUGCCUGAGGAGCUUUCCGCUUGAGUGGACUUUAAAGAGGAGGGCUGGAUGCAGGACUUUGAUUCACAUCGCUCUCAUUCUGAGAAAUGCAAGAAGAGGCCAAGCAUUUUCUUUCCAUAACUGAUAAAACCCAGAAGUAUUUCCAAUCUUAAGUGAAGCUGUUACCGAAAGCUCAGUCUUUGUCCCUGAUGCCAAUUUAAUAAGGAGGACACGGUUUUAGAAAAAGGAAAAGGAAGGUUCAUAUGCUAGCAAAGGAGAAGCACAAGGGACCGUCUCCUAGAGGCUGUGGUUCUGCGCGUCAGGGAGAGCAGAGGGUGUUUUAAAGAGGAUUCAAAGCCUACAUUCCAGGUGUGCCCAGUGUGGUGGAUCCUAGGUGCCCUGAUGAUGUGGAGAUUCACCCGUUAAUUUGGGAGAUAGUCACUUCCUGGAUCUUCCUGUGGUGGGUGUGUGCUCAAAGACAGACAGCUAGGCCUAAGGUGCAGAAGAAAAGAUAACCCUGUCUCCCCAAUCCUGUUAGGGAGGGGAGAGGGAAAAGAGGGGGGGUGGAAAUGUCCCUUUUAAAAUGAGCUUCAGAGCAAGGAGGGCUAUAUUCAUAAGUGAGGUGGACUACUGGUACAAAGCUACUCUGCUUUUUGAGUUUCAUUUUAUUAUAAAUGGCGAUUUCCCAAUUGCCUUUCAGUUCAUUUUGAUAACAACAUCCCAACAAAGAGGAGGUUUGGCUGUAUGGCUGUCAAGUUGGAUUGAUACCUACUUAUAUUGGAUUAAUACUUCAGUCGCUUCGGUCUUGGGCUACUUAAUGAACCUGCCUAAAACUCAAGUUGCUUGUAUGAAAACAAAGUUCUGAAAACUCAGUGCUGAGUUCCUUCCUUGUUCAGAGGGUCCUGGGAGCCUCCAGUCAGUCACCCUGGAGAUGGCCUGGGCCGGCCUCCUGUGGGGAGAGCCUGCUGGCCGCCUGCUCCUGCCCAUUCUGCCUCUCACCCUGUGUUUGUCCCCCUUUUGC